UGCCUGAACUUUGGGAGCAAGAUGCUGAUGUCAGAGUGGCCAUUGUGACGCGUGCGACCAAAGCCCCAAAAGGGAAGGCUGGGCUCAGGCCGUGUGUCAGUGCGACCUGGCAACGGGAGGAGAAGAAUCAGCGCAGGAACAUCCAGAGGAGACCGCGGUGUUCCUGAACGCGACGACGGGAGCAGAAGGCGGACAGGAGCAGGGCUCACGCAGGGCUUACCAGGGAGUAGCACCCUCGUAGCUCUGGGCCUGUUCUCCAAACUCCCAUCACUCUUCUUUCUCCCGCAGAGAGAGAGAGGUCCAGCACCUGGCGGAGACAGCGGCGUUCCUGCACAGGGACUCAGCGCUGACAGCCGCCAUGUGCGACAGGGAGCAGGAGGGCCCUGAUGGCAGGGAGCCAGAAUGCGUGUUGUGUCACCGUGUAGAGGCUGACCCGGACAUCUGCGGAGACAAACAGGAGAAAUACGGGCUCUGUGCCCACGUCUUCUGCCUGUAUUUUGCCACACUGCUUUUCCAGCAAGCCAAUGAACGUGUUGGACUCCUGGGUUUUCUGCCUCGAGAUAUCCAACUUGCAGUCAGGCGGGCGGCACAGAAGCACUGCUGCGUCUGUGGCCAGAGCGGGGCCACCAUCAUGUGCUGCAAGGAAGGCUGCGACAGAUGGUUCCACCUGCCCUGUGCCAAGGAGGGCGGCUGUGUCAAUCUGUACAUUGCCCCAUUCAGGUCCUACUGCCCUGAGCACCGUCCAGAGCAGGACGUGCAGGUGACUCCAGAGCCGGGCACCGAAUGCCCCAUCUGCAUGGAGCCAGUGGAGGACAGAAUGACCUACAAGACCAUCGUGUGCCCAACAUGCAAAAGAGCCUGGUUCCACAGGGACUGCCUCCAGGGACAGGCCAUGCGCGCUGGUCUUUUUUCCUUCUGCUGCCCCCUCUGCAGAGACCGUGAGACAUUCCUUGUUGAAAUGUUUGUCAUGGGAAUUCGCAUCCCCAUCAGAGACCCAACAUGGGAGGACAAUGACGCCUUUGCAGAUCUAGGAGAGAGGCACAACACGUGCAAUGCCAGGGAAUGCCUUUACCCAGGAGGCAGGGAGGAGGCAGAGGAAGAGGGGCCCUGGAAGCUGCUCCUGUGCUCCUCCUGUGCUGCCGAGGGCACCCACAGGCGCUGCUCUGGCCUGACAGUGAGGACAACCCACUGGGAGUGUGACAGCUGUGCUGGUCUCGGCACGGCCCCCAGGGAUGAGCCGGAGCUCAAUGGCCCCAGCCUGACCAGACAGUCAGGACUGGAGCCUGCUCAUGGCCUGUCAGAAUCUGAGGCCAUCAGGCCAAGCUCCAGCAGCGCAGUGCCAUCGCGUCUGGCUCCCCAGUCUCCAACUCCAGGGACCAGCAGCCACAGAAGCCUCCGGCGUCCAGCUUCUUCCUUGGCAGACACCGGCAGCCCACGCACAGCAAGGGCAAGAUCCAGCAGCUGGACGGGCCCUGAGAACAGGGUCCAUUCCAGACAUGCUGGGCCUGUCCGCAGGCGAAGCCGCUCUCACCAGCAAAGGCGGGCCUCAGAUGGGGCCGUCCGGUCGCGGAGUCGCCAUGACAGGAGCAGCAGGAGAACAUCAAGUGCAGAGAGGCGCAGGCAAAGGGAGACACCGUCGCGGGCUUCCCGCAGACACAGCCGCUCCCGGCAGCAAGCUCAUGCCCAGAGUCCACCUGCCCGGUCGAGGAGUUGCCGAGACAGGCGCAGCAGGAGAACAUCGAGGGCAGAGAGGCCCAGGCGAAGGGAGACAUCCUCAGGGACGUCCCCCAGACGCAGCCGCUCCUGCCCGCAACGUCGAGCCUCAAAUCAACCUGUCCAAUCCAGGAGUCACCAGAACAGGAGCAGGAGGACAGCAGCAAGUGCUGAGACACCCAGGCGCAGGGGGACACCAUCGGGGACGUCGCGCUGGAGCAACCGCUCCCGCCAGCCACGUCGGGCCUCAACUCGGACCUCUAUCAGCAGCACGUAGUGUCAUCUUUUCUUUCUGGUCCUUCCGUUUGCUGCUGUAAGUGAAGUAGAGCCUUCCUUCAGUAAAGCGGAAGAAGAAAGAAGAGAGUGAGACACUGCCUCAAGUGUCUGGAGAAAUCGAUUGUGACACUGCUGCUGAUUUUAAAGACUUGAUUGGACCUUCAAAGGUCAAACCAGAAAAGACAGUGGGAAUAGCCUGGGACAAAGAGGAUGCGCAGGACUCUGCCCCAGACGAAUGUCCGAGACCUUUGCCUGA